GCUAAUAUCCUUCAAAUCAAAUGAGCUUUGUGUGAGAACUGAAGGGUUAUUGGAUAUUCAGUGGUACUCUGUCGAACUACAAGAUUUACAAAGACAAAAUGGUAUUAAUAAUUCUACAUCACGCGAGCUAAGGCCAAAAAUCGAGAUUUGGGUUUUACGAGGCAUGUUCUAGUGUUGUUAUUUGAACCACGAAACAGACUUGUAGCCACUGUAAUAUAAUUUAUUGAUGCAGGAAUUUACAUGGGAAGGGUGACUGGGAACUGAAAAGAAUAAAAUAGAAUAGCAAAUCGCUAAAAAGUAAAUAUUGCAUUGCAUCAAAACACUAAGAAAAUAACCAGUGAUAGUAUCAAUCAAGUCUUGCAAUGGUCACAAUAAAUUUCGACAAACACAACGACUUCAAGAAAAAGCAUGAAAAACAAAACCAUUGCGUGACACUAUUAGUACAUUAUUCAUCUUAUCCAAAAGUAUAGUCAACACGUGAACUAUUUUUGUUGCAACCCGUGAGCUAUUUUUAGAGCUAAAUGUGAGUUAAUUAAAAGUAUGUCAAAGACAUUAAUACAUAUGAACUGCAUCAUUGAACUUAAACCUGUAACCUAUAUACAAAAAAGGAAUUCUUAUGAUUCUAAUACAAGCCACGUAGGCGUGUAUGUGUGACGUAAAGGAAACUCAUGACGUAAAUCCUGUCUGAUUUGACAGAAGAAAGCCGGAAAAGGUUCUUAUCACAAUGUAGUUCCCCACCCCCUACCCUCACUGCAGUGUCAAGUUGCUGUGAACCUGGUUACAAGGGCUUAGAAUCCUUUUACGUUAUUUCAGUUUGCUAGAACCUAACAUGUUAUACAGUAGAAUGUAAAGCUGCAAUACUUCAAGGUUUCAGAGAGGUUCAAAUCAAAUGCGUUUUGUGUGAGAGUUGCUAUGUUAUUGGAUACUAAGCGAGAUGGCCACUUAAUACACUAUUAACCGCAAGAUUUAUUAAGAUGAAAUGGCAUUUCCAUUUUCAAAUCACGCGAACUAUGAUCAAAAACCGAAUUUGGUUAACUUAUUAAAAUCCACUUAGGCUCUUUUAGUUUGUGGGUGCCUACCAUUUUAUAAAGUAUGACUGGAAAGCUGAAAUACUUAACAAGAGUUCACUGGUAGUUAAAUGAACCAUUAAAACUGUAUCAAUAUCAUUUCACUGACAUAUUCGAACAAGGGUUUAACGUCAUUACCCUUGCUAUAUUUAUCUUCCUAUAUUACGAUGACAUCCGUAAGUACAUGUAUGCAGAUUAAGAAAAGUUUGAAACAACACCUCAGGAAACGAAAUAACAAACCAUCCUUGGCAUGACUUACUGAAGCUAUUUACCCAAAUUUGUGGGUUGCCUCGGACUGAGCGAAACGGAAUUGUGUUUUUCCCGUGUCGUAAUCAUUGCUCCUCUGUGUUGUGAGAUGGAGAACACGAGUAAUCAAACAUCUAACCUCUCAACAGGAGGUUGUUCACUUCCAGUGGCUCAUGGCGUUUCUCUGAUCACAGUAAAUUCUAUCGUGGGUGUGUUUGGGACACUUGGCAACUUACUGGUUUGCGUGGCAGUUGUUAUAAAUCCCAGUCUUCGCCGAUCAUCAAAUUACCUUCUGUUCAGCUUGGCGAUCGCUGAUUUGAUCGUCACCAUGCUGUGUGAGCCGGUCUUUGUGGCAUAUCUUGGCAAGAGAACAUUCUUUAAUGAGUGCGCUGCAAAUUUGAACCAAGCCUACAGAAUACUAACCAGGCUGUCUUGCACAGCCUCCGUUGUACACAUGGCAGCCAUCAGUGUUGAUCGUUUCAUCGCUGUUGUGUACCCUCUACGCUACAAAAGCAUUAUAGAUAAUCAUGGAUUAAAAAUACUACUGAUAACAUCUUGGGCAUUGCCGAUUACAGUUGCAAUUUCAAACGUUGUUAUUCCUGCAAAUUUCCAUCAGGCAAAAGCUUUCCUUGGCUUAGGGGUUUUUGGCACCAGCUAUGUUACUGUGUUUUUAUUUUACUCGCUAAUAGUGAUAUCAUUGGUCAAACAUCGAAAAGAAAAGAAACAACUCAGAGCGCACUCUUCUAAUGAUACCAGUCAGCCAAGCGUCGAAAUCCGCGUCGCCUUCACGCUAGCGAUUGUGAUUGUCGUUUUCACUGCCUCUUGGGCCCCGUUGGUUUCCACUCUUUUUGCUGCUGGAAAACCUUUGGUAGAAACACUGGGAGUUGCACACUUGUGGAUCGGGACCCUAGCUCUGUCAAACUCCGCUAUGAACUUCGUUAUCUAUGGCUCAAGAAUGCGUAAUUUCCGCCAGGCAUACGCUGUGUGUGGCCGAAAGUUGCUUGGUGUUUUGAGACCGAAAUAUAUUCUAGAGCGAACAUGACUUUAUGUCAACUUGACAUAAGGAUCAUAAGAAACUAUCGCAUAAACGUGAUUUGCUAUGUGGUGUAGGAGAGUAAAGUAGAAGCUUUAUUAUUUUAGAAUCAGCAAAUUGUUUAUAAAUCAGUCAAUCAAUCAACGUUUAUUGUGCACUAUUUAGAGAAUUUUAACAUUUACAUUAUAUAAAUAUUAUAGAUAUGGGAAGAGAAAUAAACGUUGCAUUUGGUAAUGGAGAGAAUAACCAGAGUGGCCUUGGCUUUCGAGCUGGUUGCCACCAUGUUAAGAUAAAUGCGGAAAACAAAAAUACAUUUUUGAAAAUACAUUACAGAAAUACAAGUGGCUAUAAUUAGCAUAUAUUACAUACCUGUCUUGUCUUAUAGCACUAGCUUUGCUUUAGUUUUAUUUUAAAAAAAAGAAACUGAUCAACAUCGUCACGAACUUUCUUCUUUCAAUAUAUAUAGGAAACAGCAUUUCCAUGGACAGUAAUAAUAACAAUAUUUAAAGAGGGUAACACCAAAAAGCUAACAUUAAUAUGAGGAAAUUCAUAAACCAGGGACAGAGAUGUGAUUGAUGUACCAGAAAGCCUUCAGAACUGCCAAUAACAGUAAAGUAUGCAUGGCAAUAAGUAACAUUAUUUUACACUGAACUCACUAUCUCUUUUCUCAUUGGCCGAAAGCGUACAGUGAAUUUUCGAGAUCAGCGCCU